AGGUCUCGUAUGAAGGCACAUGAUGAUGAUGAUGCUGCAGGAUGCUCCUCUGGGGACGCAGGUAGAGCUGCCACUGAGGCUGUAAUGAAUUUAAUUGGGAGGUGGUGCAGAGUGCACAAGAAGCAGAAAGUCUUCCACACCACAGGAAAAGCUCAUCCACCAUAAAGCAUGACUCUGGUUUUCUGCAGUGACUUGCAUUAGAAGUAUGUGAGAAGGUGUCCUCGGCUCGGUUCUUGAAGGAGAAGAACAAACCUGAGCGACGUGGGAUUUAUUCCACGCUCAUCUUGAAUUCCCUUCACAGCUUGAAGCUGCUCAGCAUCAUCAUCGCUCACAUUCAGGUAGUCGUCAAGGAUGCACUUUGGAAGAAGCAGCAUCGGCCCUGCAGAGCCCGUCCUCGGCAGCCAGAGACGAGACGGCACCAUGGGGAACAGCGAUGAUCAACGGGUCCUCGCCGCAAAGAACACAAACAACUGCAACAACAAUGAUGGAAAGAAGGACGACAAAAAGGAUGAAAAGAAGGAUGAUAAAAAGGAUGAAAAGAAGGAUGAUAAAAAGGAUGAAAAGAAGGAUGAUAAAAAGGAUGAAAAGAAGGAUGAUAAAAAGGAUGAAAAGAAGGACGACAAAAAGGAUGAAAAGAAGGAUGAUAAAAAGGACGCCAAAAAGGAUGAGAAAAAGGAAGAACCGAAGGAGGUGUGGAUCAUGGACCCAGCCACGGAUAUGUAUUACUACUGGUUGCUCACAAUAGCUGUCCCAGUGUUCUACAAUCUGAUAUUCCUGGUGGCAAGAGCUUGUUUUAAUGAACUACAGUAUCAAAAUUCAACACUCUGGAUGGUUUUGGACUAUGUAUCAGAUGCCCUCUACUACAUGGACAUCUUUGUGAGAGCCAGGACAGGUUUUCUGGAGCAAGGACUUCUUGUAAAGGAUGCAAAGAUCCUGAAAGAAAAGUACAUGAAGACACCCCAGUUCAAGUUAGACAUGUUAUCAGUGAUUCCUACUGACAUUGUUUUCUUCUAUAUCGGAAUCAACAACCCAGAGUGGAGGUUCAACCGUCUCUUUAGGUUAGGCCGUCUCUUUGAGUUCUUCGACCGGACUGAAACGCGAACCAAUUUUCCAAACAUCUUCCGAAUCGCUAAUCUUGUACUUUACAUCAUCAUCAUCAUCCACUGGAACGGGUGCCUGUACUUUGCCGUCUCAAAAAUACUUGGUUUUGGGUCAGACACUUGGGUCUACCCCGGGCCAAAAAAACCAGAGUUUUCUCAGCUGUCCAGACAGUACAUUUAUUCCUUUUACUGGUCCACUCUUACCUUGACCACUAUUGGUGAGACACCACCGCCGGUCCGAGACGUUGAAUACUUUUUUGUUGUGGUUGACUUUCUUACUGGGGUUUUGAUCUUUGCAACAAUUGUUGGAAAUGUUGGAGCCAUGAUCUCCAACAUGAAUGCUGCACGUGUAGAGUUCCAGGCGAAGAUCGACUCUAUCAAGCAGUACAUGCAAUUUCGAAAGGUCACUAAAGACUUGGAGGCGAGGGUGGUGAAGUGGUUCGACUACCUGUGGACUGAGGGGAAAACCUGCGAUGAAAAGCAGGUGUUAAAAAAUCUGCCAGACAAGCUGAAGGCAGAGAUAGCCAUUAACGUACAUCUGGAAACCCUAAGAAAAGUGCGCAUCUUUCAAGACUGUGAAGCUGGUUUGCUUGUUGAGUUGGUCCUGAAGCUUCAGCCUCAAGUUUUCAGUCCUGGGGAUUACAUCUGUAAGAAAGGGGAUAUUGGUAGGGAAAUGUAUAUCAUCAAAGAAGGAAAGCUCGCUGUAGUAGCAGAUGAUGGUGUUACCCAGUUUGUGGUCCUUAGUGACGGAGCUUAUUUUGGAGAAAUCAGCAUCCUUGGGAUCAAAGGUAGUAAGGCAGGUAACCGAAGAACAGCUAACAUUCGAAGCGUGGGCUAUUCUGAUCUCUUUGCCCUGUCCAAAGAUGAUCUCAUGGAGGCACUAACAGAGUAUCCUGAUGCUAAGAAUGCUCUGGAGGAGAAAGGAAGGGCCAUUCUGAUGAAAGACAAUCUCAUAGAUGAGUCGCUUGUCGCUGCUACCGAUGCUAAAGACUUGGAGAACAAAGUCGAUCAGAUUGAAGCCAGUUUCGAAAUCAUGUCAGCAAAAUUUCGAAAGCUGACAAAUCAAUACGAGUCCUCUCAGCGUAAACUCAAGCAGCGCCUCAGUAAUUUAUCAAACCAGUUCAGAAGCCUCAGAGUAGAUGAGUAGAGGUUGGCCAUCAGUACUACUUAGGGAGUGUCUUCUUUACAGGGACUAGUACACUGCAUCCGCCCAGUACUUCCAAAGAUGCAAAAAUAAUAAGACUGGCCUCAAACAAUGUUUCCACACAUAGACAAUAACAAUGGGUCAUACCACCACGUGGAUCAUUAUGUCUUUUUUUGUGUUAGUGAUAACAAUAAUAGGCUGCACGCGAUGAUCAGAAACAUGUGGAGGGACAAGGAGCAAAGGAGCACUAUUUUAGCAUCGGUGUGAGCAUCCAACUAACACUGGUGGGAAACGUUUUCUUUACUACUCUGCCCAGAAUCCCAGAGUGGCUUGUUCAGCAACGACACCAUGACCGGGGCUUUGCACAUACAGGACCGUCUCCUUUUAUUGUGAUCAAAAUAACUCUUCUGAAGGAUGCAAUUAGUCAAAAAAAAAUUCUAAAAAGGACCUUUUAUGAAUAUUUUCUACAUUCAUCUAGAAGAACAAGACCACACUGACAAGUUUCAGUUCUGGUCAUUAAAGUGUGAGAGAGAGAUUUGAAACUACAAUCAGAUCUGGAGAUUUAACAGCUGCUUUUUGUUGCUGCUUUGCCUCUGCGUGUUUUGAGAUGACUGACAGAGUUUUAUGCCAGAUGCAACCUUGAACGGAUUCGUGUCUCCAGCUGGAAUCAGACUAGUAACUGUUUUCUUGCCAGGCUCUUAACUGACUGCCUCAUUCUUCAGCACAGCUGGAAACUGCUGUGCUGAUAUUUUUGAAAAGUUUUUUUCUAAAGCUCAGGCAGACCUUUACCAUGAUGAACAUAUCAGGAGGUUCCACUGGAACAUAUUUGCUGAAUGGGCCUCUGUACACCUACACAAAUAUUCUGUUAUAAAAGCAUUUCAAAAUAUGUAUCAUCAAAUUUUUAUUUUAAAUAUAAAGAAAUGUGCUUUCUGUAAAUAAAAAAAAUAAAAAUAAAGUGACAAUAAA